GCCGGCGGCCGGCGGCCGGCGGCGAUGAAGAUCUGGAGCUCGGAGCACGUGUUCGGCCACCCAUGGGACACCGUCAUCAAAGCUGCCAUGAGGAAGUACCCGAAUCCGAUGAACCCCUGUGUCGUGGGAGUUGACGUGCUAGAGCGCAGUGUGGACGGCCGGGGCCGGCUACACAGCCACCGCCUCCUCAGCACCGAGUGGGGGCUGCCCGGCUUCGUGAAAGCGAUUUUGGGGACCAGUAGGACUUUGACGUACAUCAAAGAACAUUCUGUCGUGGAUCCAGUAGAGAAGAAAAUGGAACUUUGUUCCACCAAUAUCACACUCACAAACCUGGUGUCGGUGAACGAGAGGCUGGUGUACACGCCCCAUCCGGAGGAUCCGGAAAUGACGGUGCUCACACAAGAAGCCAUCAUCACCGUGAAGGGGAUCAGCCUGGGCAGCUAUCUGGAAAGUCUGAUGGCCAAUACCAUAUCAUCCAAUGCGAAGAAGGGGUGGGCUGCUAUUGAGUGGAUAAUUGAGAAUUCUGAGCACGCCGUGAGCUAACGGGGUCUGCACCUGCACCCUAUGACCAACAGUGGUAACUAUAGUGCUCUUUAACCCCGUAGAGAAUUUAGCUUCUUGCUAACAACCGUGUGCAUGGUGUCUGGCGCUGGGUGUUCCGAGGUCUAGCUGCAUGUGUCUCCAGCCCCCGGCUCCUUAGUAUCUUCUGAAAUGGAAACGGCCAUUAGUUCAUCCUCUUCCUAAUUCAUCUCCUUGUUUCACGGCAGGAUUUGUUUCCCAGGGAGACUUGGGUAUCCAGAUUUGUUAUCUGGUCUCUAAGAGAGGCAGUCCAGCUUCUCCCAGGCUGUUCUCAGCACCUGCUUGCUUAAACGUUUCCUAGAAUUACUGCAGCAUCAGGAAAGAGGCUGUUGCGAGUAGUCCCAGACCGAUCCGAUGGGAGGAAUUUUUCGUUUUGGGCAGGAUCUGAAUAUUUGCACAUGUUCUUACAAAGAAUGCCCUGUGGCCUUGCAUCAGCGCCAGCACCCAGCCACAUGACCGCUACUGGCUCUUUUCUUUUAGUGGCAGAAGCAAUUUCUAGCAUCUUCUUGAGCUUUGCAAACAUUCCUUGGUUUCCCAGGCCACCAGUGGCUGGACUGUCAGAAAGGGAUUUGACGCUUAAUUGGUCAGCAGUCAUCUUCACACUUCAUAGGAAAGUCAGAGCGUUUCCUGCUUCCCUCUGUUUAGGGAAUCCUUAUGCUCCUGCCUUGAAACCCUCACCCUGUUGACCUUCCAUACUGGGCUGCUCUGGGCUCCGCUUCCCACAGUUGGUCUGUCUAUCUGUCUGCAGCAUGUGUGUACACACGCCGUGCCUCAGUCAGCAAACAGGAGCCGUGUGUUUCAGGCUCCUUUAAGAACUUCCUGCUGAAGCUUAAGUUGGCCAGAGACCUUCACCUUGAACCCAAGGUCAUGAUCUGCUGCUGGCUCUCUCUUCUUCCGUGGAGGCACCACUAAGGUGACUGCACGUAGAGAGCCAGCCUGGUGAGCAUAGUGUGUGUGGGCAGUGUGGCGUGUAUGCUAUGUCCCUCAGAGCUGUGGACUCUGUCACAUUGUUUCCUCACAAACUAGAGCUAAACUGCCUCAAUCUUUAAUCAGAUGCCUCAUCCAAAAAAUCAAAGAAGAAAGAACGAAAGAACAAGAGGAAAAAAGGAAGGAAGAAGGAAAGGUAGACAUAAGCGGGCCUUGAGUAUGGUUCGUCCUGUCUGGGAGAGGUGUGGAAUCUGCUGGAAUCUGCCACUUGCCUAGUCACAGCCUCCACUGGGCUCUUUGGCUGUGACCUCUCAAGACAAGAGGCCUGUCUGUUGCAGACUGAGACCCAAAGAAGGGAAGACCGCUAGCAGGAGGAGGACGAGGGCCGCAAAGCUGCCACGCCACCGCUGCCACAGGCCAGCCGCCCCCCGGGCCGGUGUUGUCAGACUGCUCUUAUGCCUUGUCUGUCUUCCUCUGGACAGCAGCGUUUAGCAAUU